AUGUGGUGGGAAGGCCAAGGCUGUGGAAAUGGCAAAUACUUUCGCAUGAGUCCUCAAGUCUAUAAACUGGGUUGUUGAUACUGUUCCCUGUUGGUGGAAGCAGCAGAAAAUGAAUACCAUGAAGUAAUGCUAUGCCACAGCUUGUGUCUGCCUUAUCAAAGUGAGUGCUUCAGUGCUGUACUGUCCAUGGCUGUAAUUCACCAUUUUUCAACAGAAGAGAGGCACAUGCAAGCAAUAAAAGAGAUGGCUCACAUCUUGAGAGUAGGAAGCCAGAUAAUGAUGUAUGUGUGGGCAAUGGAGCAAAAAUGGAGAUUUGAAAAGCAAGAUGUCUUUGUUCCUUGGAAUACUUCAACUCCUUCCUGCUCCUCGGAUAAGCCUUGCUCACGUGGAGUACAAAAAUCAAUUCUUCACAAGGACAAAGAUCUGGCUUUGAAGCAGCCCCAUCAUAAGUUGGAUGGGACUUCAGAGGUACACAGGACAGCAAAGAGCUCAUCCUGUGGAAGGGAGAAAAAAGCACCAUGCACAGUGUUAGAGAAAUCUCUGAGAUGGCCUCUGUUCUCAAGAUCACUUGAUUCAGUAUUAGAUUUGGACAAUCAAUCAGUGGCACCAAAACCAACUCAUUAG